AUGGUUUUCUCAGCAAUGUUGACGCUGGCCCACUCUGGGACCUCAAAUGCUACUUUUAUUGUUUAUGAAAAUGCCUAUACGAAUUUUACCACUCCCCAGUUCAUGCUUCGUAGUGGCACAACACAGCCAUUGAGAUAUAGUUCAGGUGCCGUGCUCACCACUGAGAGAAGUACUUUUCUGGUAAAUGCUACAGCUAUCCUGCCAUCGCAAGAAGUUUUCAGGAGCUUGAGUUUGCCACUCCAGAUCAUUCUUUCUGCUGCUAUGAUAUUUAUCCUGUUGGUUUCUUUCCUUGGAAACUUUGUUGUCUGCCUCAUGGUGUACCAGAAGGCAGCUAUGCGAUCUGCAAUUAACAUCCUCUUAGCAAGCCUGGCUUUUGCAGACAUGCUGCUGGCAGUGCUGAACAUGCCUUUUGCUCUGGUAACAAUCAUUACCACUCAGUGGAUUUUUGGGGAUAUAUUCUGCAGAGUGUCUGCCAUGUUCUUCUGGCUUUUUGUCAUAGAGGGGGUAGCCAUUCUUCUUAUUAUUAGUAUUGACCGAUUUCUUAUCAUAGUUCAGAGGCAAGAUAAACUGAACCCUUACCGUGCGAAGAUUCUCAUUGUGAUUUCCUGGGCAGCAUCCUUUGUUGUUGCUUUUCCGUUAUCAGUAGGGAAUCCUAAUCUGCAGAUACCCUCGAGAGCACCUCAGUGUGUUUUUGGCUACACUACGAGCCCAGGUUACCGGGCCUACGUGAUAGUUAUCUUGCUAAUUUCUUUUUUUAUUCCGUUCCUGGUAAUGCUGUAUUCUUUUAUGGGCAUACUCAACACUGUCCGCCACAAUGCAGUUCGUAUCCAUAGCCACCCUGAUAGCAUAUGCCUCAGCCAGGCCAGCAAACUUGGUCUCAUGAGCUUACAGAGACCUUUUCAGAUGAAUAUUGAUAUGAGCUUUAAAACUCGUGCCUUCACAACCAUCUUGAUUUUGUUCCUUGUCUUCAUAGUCUGUUGGGCGCCCUUCACCACUUACAGCCUUAUUGCCACAUUCAACAGCCACUUCUACUACAAGCACAACUUUUUUGAGAUAAGCACUUGGCUCCUUUGGCUCUGCUACCUCAAGUCUGCACUGAACCCACUGAUUUACUACUGGAGGAUUAAGAAGUUUCAUGAUGCAUGCUUGGACUUGAUGCCCAAAUACUUCAAGUUUUUGCCACAGCUACCUGGCCAUACAAGGCGGCGCAUUCGACCCAGUGCCAUCUAUGUGUGUGGGGAGCAUCGGUCGGUAGUGUGA